UCCACUUCAGGCGCCUAUUGUUCCUCAGAGUACCUUACAGACAGAUGCCCUGCAUCACAGUGUGGGAGAGAGCCCAGAGAGUCAGGAGGAGGGAGACAGAGCCCACAGACAAUAAGGACGUGGAAACUCUGCAGACCGGCCUAGUCUCCAUCACCUCUGCAUCCUCUUUAUUCACACCGCCGCUAUCCCGCCUGUUCGCCUGCCGUCACGGUGGGGGUCUGAUGCUCCAGCACUAUGUUGCUACUGUUCUUCUCACUGCUGCUCACGGGGCCGGACUGUUUGCACGGAGCCCCGGCAGGUAGAGAAGUCCACAGGAUGCCCCAGAGCGCUCUCAGAGCUCUGUCUGAUCGGGGCACAGUUGUCCUGGAGGCGGCCAUGGCGAGCGCCCUGUCUGCCCUCCAGCGCGCAUCGUCAGAAAGAAGUCGGGCGGAGGCCGGCUGUCGAGGUUGUGCUCCCUGCCUGUUUCAGGACUGUGGACAGCUGUCAGGAUCCUGCUCAUCGCCUUCUGACGCCUUGUCGGAGCCCAGCUGUGAUGUCAUCAGUAAGGCCCAGAAGCUUCAAAGCGAGGCCGAGCGGAGCUGGGCUCUGAGUCAGGCCUGUGGGUACUACCGGCACCGCUGUCUCCCCGGCGAGCUGAACACCGAGAGCUGCAUCAGGAUCAUGGGGGAGAGCUGCAGCGCCCGCGUCCUCCAGUGCAGCCUGCUCAACACCAUGCAGAACCUGGAGCCUGAUAUGCAGUCACAUGCAAAAGCAGUUUGUGGUCAGAGGUCCUCCAGAGUGCAGAACGUCACACAGCCACGCUCCAGGAUUGUGGGUGGCUCCGCUGCGCCUCUGGGCAGCUGGCCCUGGCUGGUGAACCUGCAGCUAAACGGUGAACUGAUGUGUGGAGGGGUCUUGGUGGACAGCUCCUGGGUGGUCACUGCAGCACAUUGUUUCGCCGGCAGCCGCAGUGAAAGCUACUGGAGCGCUGUGGUGGGCGAGUUUGACAUCACCAAGAAAGACCCUGAUGAACAGGUUCUUAAAGUCAACCGUAUCAUCGCCCAUCCUAAGUUCAACCCAAAGACGUUUAACAAUGACAUAGCCCUGGUGGAGCUGACAUCCCCGGUGGUCCUGUCUGAACAUGUGACCCCAGUGUGUCUUCCUUCUGGUGUGGACCCCCCCACAGGCAGCCCGUGUCUGGUGGCGGGCUGGGGGUCCCUCUAUGAAGAUGGGCCUUCGGCCGACAUAGUGAUGGAGGCCAAGGUUCCCCUGCUGCCUCAGAGCACCUGUAAGAGCGCCCUCGGCAAAGAGCUGGUCACCAACACCAUGCUGUGCGCCGGCUAUCUGUCUGGAGGCAUAGACUCCUGUCAGGGAGACUCUGGGGGCCCCCUGAUCUACCAGGAUCAAAUUUCAGGUCGCUUCCAGCUCUUCGGUAUCACCUCCUGGGGGGAUGGCUGUGGAGAAAAAGGCAAACCUGGAGUGUAUACACGGGUGUCUGCUUUCUCUGACUGGAUUCAGGCUGAGAUACAGAGAUCACUAGGAAGCAGGGAACCAACAUGUCCAGAACUCCUGAAAACCACAGACAUGACUGAAGUGGAGCAGAGGUCCGAGUUUAACUCUCUCUGCCACUUCUACACCCUGACCUGUCCUCCUGGUCAGUCUGCCAGCGCUUGCAGUCGUAUGGCUGAGGACAAAUGCCUCACCCGCUUCAAGAAAUGCCAGUUACGCUCAUUCCUCGAAACCCUGCUGGACUUGCUCCAGAGGGCCGAAGACUACAUCAGAGACAAAAUGGACUUGACCUUCUUCACCCAGACGCUUCCUCAGCUUGUGGAGCACAUCUACAGCGCAGCGUUUACCCACAACAGAGAGAGGAGAGACCUCGGUCUGAGCUACAGCCUCACUCAGAUUAAAGAACAGCUAGGUGGAGCUGUGAAACGAGCAGCGCAGGAUCUGCCUCAUGCUCCACCAGCUUUAUUUAGAUAUGUCGGCCCUUCAGUGGCUGAAUGGGAGGAAUACCUGAGAAACAUGGCCGACGAUAUGGAUAGACAACACCAGACCGGAGUUACAGACAUGUCCUCCAUAACAAAAAGUAAUGAGGAAAAGCUUUUUCUACAGACACAGGAUCCUUUGGUGCAACAACUGGCUGGACAAUAUCAGUCUGUUAUUUCAGAUCUUUUCUCCAAACUGGGCUCCAGAGCAGCUCCUCCUCAUCUGCACCUGGAGGCAGCCCACCUUGAAGAGCGCUCUCCUGACGGUCCUUCUGCGACCGGAACAUCGGGCCACGCCGCUCCAUCGUCCUCGUCCCAGAAAUCCCAGGAGCCCUGGUCCCUCCUGUCAGUCUUGCUAGAUGAACUUAGAAGAAUCAGAACGCAGGAUGAGACUGUGGAUGAUGGCGCGUCACAAAGUGAAGCUUCCUUCAAUGGGGACGUUUCUCCUGAGUGGAGCGCCACAUCAGGGGAUUUCACAUUUGAUGGCAAUAGAGACGGAGAAGGAUUAAAAGCUUCGGCAGUGCCGCUUCUGGAUCCGUUGACAUCGGCGCUCCCGAAGGUUGAUGAGAGUCCGCACGCAGAAACCUCUGAUCCGAAACGUGACGGAAAGUCAUUCCUUCUUCUGAGAAGACCCAGGAGCGUUCUCCAAAAGAGGCAGAUCCCUGGCAACAGUGCAAAAAUUUGUCCUGGCCUGAGAGAGUCUUCACAACAAGUCAGCCAGAUCCGCGAGUCUUACAGCUGGAUCCUAAACAUACCGCGGGACAACCUGCGGAUGAACUUCCAAGAGGUCUUAGUUGAUCUGACCUCCAAGAACGAUCAGGGGCUUUACCAGGCGCGGAUCAGAGCUGUGGUGGCAGGGAGACCCUCGACCUUCUACUGUCACGUGGGUCUUGAGAAUGAAUCGUUCAACCGCAGCGUGCCGAGGAUUAUCGCCGUGGCUCUGGAUACUCUCAAGUCUUAACUAUGAUUACCAGGAGAGAACCCAGAAGAACUGGAAGAUCUUCCUCGGCUGAAGAUGCUCGUCAAGGCACGCUCAAAGACGUUUUCUACCACCUCCUGUUAAAGGCAUCACUUUGACUCGGGGAGCCUGACUUUGACUCUAAAUGCAAAUAUGAAUGUACCCCUUGAAUUAUUGACCGUGACACACUUUCCUACUGAGCCGCAUUUAUGGCCCACCUCUGAUAAAGAUGUGUAAAAUCCCCUAAACUAAAUUCAUCUUUUAUUACAGCAACAGAAUCUAAAAGUUAUUCAAUCCUUAAUUUGACUCAUUUUAUAUUGUGAGGAAAAAUUAUAUAUAGCACACCAGAUUGUUUUUGUAUUUCAAAGAUUUUUUUUGCCCUGCCAUUUAGCAAGAUUCCCAGGAUGUUGUGGAGAGAACAAAAGGCCCACAUCAUCACAGGUCCUCCACCGUACCUAAAGGUCGCCAUGAAGUGUUUCUCCUACAUUUUCAUCCCACUGGAUGUUUCAAGCCAAACCCAUCCUGAGUGUUUACAGAUGAAAAGCU